GGAGUACAUACGCACACUGCAUUCCUUUAUUAAGAGGCUUCGUUUUGGGGGUUUUAGGGUUUUUAUUUUCUUCUUAUAGUUUUAUUCUUUCUCUCAACCCAAAAUGACUGCUCAGACGGACAAAGAGAUCGAAGAGAUCCUCGCUGCCCAUCUGGACCAACAGAAAAUCGAUUCCGAACAACCUGUAGUUGAAGAUGACGACGACGACGACGACGACGACGAUGAGGACGAUGACAAGGAUGAAGAUGAUGCUGAAGGACAUCAUGAUGGAGAUGGAAGUGGUAGGUCAAAGCAAAGCAGAAGUGAAAAGAAGAGUCGCAAAGCAAUGUUGAAGCUUGGGAUGAAACCAAUUCCAGGUGUUAGCCGGGUUACUGUCAAGAAGAGCAAGAAUAUCUUAUUUAUCAUUUCAAAACCGGAUGUCUUCAAGAGCCCUGCAUCAGAUACCUAUGUGAUCUUUGGAGAGGCUAAGAUUGAGGAUUUAAGCUCACAAUUGCAGACUCAGGCUGCUGAGCAAUUUAAGGCACCUGAUCUCAGCCAUGUGGUCUCCAAACCUGAGUCAUCAACCCUGGCCCAGGAUGAUGAAGAAGUAGAUGAGACUGGAGUUGAGCCCAAGGACAUUGAGUUGGUGAUGACACAAGCAGGAGUCUCCAGGUCGAAGGCUGUCAAGGCACUCAAGGCAGCAGAUGGAGACAUUGUUUCUGCUAUAAUGGAGCUAACAACCUAAGAAUGGUGUUAGUGGCAUGUGAUGGACUUGGUCGUAGUUAAUUUGGUUUGUGAGAAUUGUGUGUUCCAUGUUGGAUAUCCCUUUUGUUUUUCAAGUUUCUUUUUAAAUGUCAUCUUUUCCCUUUUCUUCUUACUGUUAUACUAGUAAAAACCAUUUGGGA